CCCUCCCCCUCCCUCCUCCCGGGUCGGAGUGUCCCUGCGCCCCAAGGGCCGGAGCAGUAGCGAGAGCAGUUUCCCCGGUCCCUCCCCUCCGUCUCACUCACCCCCACCCCCCCCGCCGAGCGAGGAGGAGCUGGAGGAGAGGAAGAUGGCGGCGGCCGCCAGCACCCGCGGUGCCGCUGGGCCGCUCCGAGGAGCCUGAGAAACCCACAGAGGCUUCGCGGGAAGACGCGGCGGCGGAGGAUGAGCCUGCAGAGCGCGCAGUAUCUCCGAGUGUCUUAAAGCCAUUCUACCUUAGGAGAAAUUGGAUGUUCUUGCAGAUAGUCAUUGUGGGAGAAAGCGUUCGUUUAAGUCCCAGAUGCGGACCGGAAACAUGAAAUCAGAAGAGCGUCUGAAUUCAAGUAAUAUUAGGCAGGCAGAAGUCCUGAAGGCUGACAUGACAGAUUCCAAGCUGGGUCCAGCCGAGGUCUGGACAUCCAGGCAGGCUCUGCAGGACCUGUACCAGAAAAUGCUAGUUACGGACUUGGAAUACGCAUUAGACAAGAAAGUAGAGCAGGAUCUCUGGAAUCAUGCCUUUAAGAAUCAGAUCACAACACUACAAGGCCAGGCAAAGAAUCGAGCAAACCCGAAUCGGAGUGAAGUUCAGGCAAACCUUUCUCUGUUCCUAGAGGCAGCUAGUGGCUUCUACACUCAGUUAUUACAAGAACUGUGUACAGUGUUCAAUGUUGAUUUACCGUGCCGUGUGAAGUCUUCCCAGCUGGGAAUUAUCAGCCAUAGACAGACGCACACCAGCGCCGUAGUGAAGCCACAGUCCAGCUCCUGUUCCUACAUCUGCCAGCACUGCCUCGUUCACCUGGGGGACAUCGCUCGAUACAGAAACCAGACCAGCCAGGCAGAGUCCUACUAUCGGCACGCAGCGCAGCUGGUCCCCUCUAACGGUCAGCCUUACAAUCAGUUGGCUAUCUUAGCUUCUUCCAAGGGAGACCAUCUGACCACAAUUUUCUACUACUGCAGAAGCAUUGCUGUGAAGUUCCCUUUCCCAGCUGCCUCCACUAACCUACAAAAAGCACUUUCUAAAGCACUGGAAAGCCGGGAUGAGGUGAAAACCAAAUGGGGCGUUUCUGACUUCAUCAAGGCCUUUAUUAAAUUCCACGGCCACGUGUACCUGAGUAAGAGCUUGGAAAAGUUGAGCCCUCUUCGAGAAAAAUUGGAAGAACAGUUUAAGAGGCUGCUGUUUCAGAAAGCUUUCAACUCUCAGCAGUUAGUUCACGUCACUGUCAUUAACCUGUUUCAACUUCAUCACCUUCGUGACUUUAGCAACGAAACGGAACAGCAUAGUUACAGCCAAGAUGAGCAGCUGUGUUGGACACAGCUGUUGGCCCUCUUUAUGUCUUUUCUUGGCAUCCUGUGCAAGUGUCCUCUCCAGAACAAGUCUCAGGAGGAAUCCUACAACGCCUACCCCCUUCCCGCGGUCAAGGUCUCCAUGGACUGGCUGAGACUCAGACCCAGGGUCUUUCAGGAGGCAGUGGUGGAUGAAAGACAGUACAUUUGGCCCUGGCUGAUUUCUCUUCUAAAUAGUUUCCACCCCCAUGAAGAGGAUCUUUCGAGUACUAAUGCAACACCACUUCCAGAGGAGUUUGAGUUACAAGGAUUCUUGGCUCUGAGACCUUCUUUCAGGAACUUGGAUUUUUCCAAAGGCCACCAGGGGAUCACAGGAGACAAAGAGGGGCAGCAGCGGCAGAUACGGCAGCAGCGCCUGAUCUCUAUAGGCAAAUGGAUCGCCGAUAAUCAGCCGAGGCUGAUUCAGUGUGAAAAUGAGGUAGGGAAAUUAUUGUUUAUCACAGAAAUCCCAGAGUUAAUACUGGAAGACCCCAGUGAAGCCAAAGAGAACCUCCACCUACAAGAGACACCCACGACAGAGUCGCUGGCUGCGGACGGGAACCCGGGGCUGAAGUCGGUGCUGUCCACGGGCCGAAAUCUAAGCAACAACUGUGACACCGGAGAGAAGCCCGUGGUCACCUUCAAAGAGAACAUUAAGCCCCGAGAAGUGAACAGAGAGCAGGGAAGAAGUUUUCCUCCCAAAGAGGUAAAGUCCCAGGUGGAACUCAGAAAGACUCCAGUGUCUGAAGCCAGGAAAACACCCGUAACUCAAACCCCAAGUCAAGCAAGUAAUUCCCAGUUCAUCCCCAUUCAUCACCCUGGAGCCUUCCCUCCUCUUCCCAGCCGGCCAGGGUUCCCGCCCCCAACAUAUGUUAUCCCCCCUCCUGUGGCAUUUUCUAUGGGCUCAGGUUACACCUUCCCAGCUGGUGUCUCUGUCCCAGGAACCUUCCUUCAGCCUACAGCUCACUCUCCAGCAGGAAACCAGGUGCAAGCUGGGAAACAGUCCCACAUUCCUUACAGCCAGCAGCGGCCCUCUGGACCAGGGCCGAUGACCCAGGGACCUCAGCAACCACAGCCACCCUCCCAGCAACCCCUCUCAUCUCUACCAGCUCAGCCAACAGCACAGUCUGCAAGCCAGUUGCAGGUUCAAGCUCUAGCUCAGCAACAGCAGUCCCCUACAAAGGCUGUACCAGCUUUGGGGAAAAGCCCUCCUCACCACUCUGGGUUCCAGCAGUAUCAACAGGCAGAUGCCUCCAAACAGCUGUGGAAUCCCCCUCAGGUUCAAGGCCCAUUAGGGAAAAUCAUGCCUGUGAAACAGCCCUACUACCUUCAGACUCAAGACCCCAUAAAACUGUUUGAGCCGUCAUUGCAGCCUCCUGUGAUGCAGCAGCAGCCUCUCGAGAAGAAAAUGAAGCCUUUUCCCAUGGAGCCAUAUAACCACAACCCCUCAGAAGUCAAGGUCCCAGAAUUCUACUGGGACUCUUCCUACGGCGUGGCUGAUAGCAGAGCUGUGAUGGCCCAGCAAGCGAGUUUGGACCGCAGGGGCAAGCGGUCACCAGGUGUCUUCCGUCCAGAGCAGGACCCUGUGCCCAGGAUGCCAUUUGAGGACCCCAAAGGCUCCCCUCUGCUUCCUCCGGACCUGGUAAAGAGUCUGGCGGCCUUGGAGGAAGAGGAAGAGCUGAUUUUUUCUAACCCUCCUGAUCUUUACCCAGCUCUGCUGGGGCCUCUCGCCUCUCUUCCUGGAAGAAGCCUUUUUAAAUCCUUAUUGGAGAAGCCCUCCGAGCUCAUGUCACAUUCAUCCUCCUUCCUGUCCCUCACCGGAUUCUCUCUCAACCAGGAGAGGUACCCGAAUAACAGUGUGUUCAACGAGGUGUACGGGAAAAACCUGACGACCAGCUCCAAGGCCGAGCUGAAUCCCUCGGUGGCGCCGCAGGAGACGUCACUGUACUCCCUGUUCGAAGGGACCCCAUGGUCCCCAUCGCUUCCUGCCAGUUCAGGUCUGGACCGCUCUUUAAAUUACAGACCUGAUGUGACCGAUCAUUCAACACCAGCCAGCCAGUCUCCGCAUUCCUCUAAUCCAAGCAGCCUGCCAAGCUCUCCUCCAACCCACAACCAUAAUUCUGUUCCGUUCUCCAAUUUUGGGCCCAUUGGGACUCCAGAUAACAGGGAGAGGAGGGCUGCAGAUCGGUGGAAAACUGAUAAGCCAGCCAUGGGCGGGUUUGGCAUUGAUUAUCUCUCAGCAACAUCGUCCUCUGAGAGCAGCUGGCAUCAGACCAGCACCCCGAGUGGCGCCUGGACAGGCCAUGGUCCCUCCAUGGAGGGUUCCUCCGCUGUCCUCAUGGAGAGCCUGAAGUCUAUCUGGUCCAGUUCCAUGAUGCAUCCUGGACCCUCCGCUCUGGAGCAGCUGUUAAUGCAGCAGAAGCAGAAACAGCAGCGGGGACAAGGCACCAUGAACCCUCCACACUGAGGCCAGAGUGGCGACCCUGGGAACGAAGGCUCCAUAAACCACGGCAUGUUGGGCAUGCAGGCCUGGCCCACGCAGCCCCUGCGGGUGGCAGCCCUCUCUUCUGCUCCCUGCCGUCGAGAGGGUGUAAGUGUCCCACCAGCCCGCUGAGUGUGCACGAAAUGUCCGCAGUGCAGCAAAACGAAACACCGUCGGGAACUCUCCGUCCCCCGCCCCCCGGGGCCUUCCAGAGGGAGAGGAACUGCUGUUUGUCUCGCUCAGUUACCUGGUGGCAUCGCCGCUCACCUUCUCCGUCGUGCAUGUCCCCAGCCACGUGGGAAGUGAAAGCUGAGAAGGGAAGGCAGGUGGGAGAAGCCAGUGGGAACUUCUCAGUCCUUUUCUCCUCUUUGGGGAAUAAAACAGGAAUCCAUUAAUGAUUGCUUCGCUGACUGAGAAUACAGUUGGAAUUACUCCUCAACAUCUUUUAUUAUUGUUAUUUCUCUCAGUAGUAACAAGUCACACUGAAUUCUUCCACACACAGACGUGCUUCUUCUAGUCCGUGUGUAGCGAGGAGAGCCCCGGUCGCCGCUCCUGUGCGCGGUUGGCGGUGACAGGAUGGGGCUGCGGCCUCUUCAGCCAGUGGAGGUGCCCUGCCAGGGCGAGUCCAAGGCCUCACCGUCCACUCGGAGGUCCCGGGAGGCCCUCCUCUAGCCCGGAGACUCCAGCAGGAAACGCCCUCCGCUCUGUCGGUGCUCAAGCCCCAGUCGAGGGUGCAGUGUGGGUGGUGGUGCUGGGCUGGGCCAGCAGGCGGCCGCUGCAGGGUUUCCAGUGAGUGUCCAGGUUCCUGUACCUUUUGCGAUGGCGGGGCAGGCAGCGUCACAGGAGGCGGGCCAGUCUGUUUGUGGCCUGACGUUUGAUAGGUAGAAGCUCUCAGUGUGGUUAUUUCGUUGGGUUGGAUUCUGCGCCCCUGUCCCGCUUACCACCCCUCCUCCCCUCCCCGCUCCAUCCCUUUCUGCGCUUUGCUAUCCGCCAGUAAUUGUCUCUGUUCCUAACGUGUACGACAUCACGCCAAGGAGCGACAGACAGCAUGGGGCCGAGCAGCCGGGCCCGAAAGACAGCGUGGAGAGGAAGGAAGCAGCGGCGCCUGAGCGGCCGCAGAGGGGCAGGGCCCGCGCCCAGCCACAGCCCCCGGCCUCCACCUUCAGAGCGAAAUGCAAGGCAGUGUGGACUCGUGUGCGUCACGCACAGAAGAAAACACGACGAGGUCCGUUCUGGAAGAAGCAGAAGACAGGAAAAUGAACUUUUACUGGUAUUUAUUGGGAGGAGAGAGGACUGAAAUUUUCCUUGUGUAGAAACAGGACAGCAUUUCUGUUAGUCAUUUCCUGGGAAAAUGGUAUUUUAAGUGGAAAUUAUGGAAACAAUCUAAAUGUCCAAUUGCUGUGCUAGUGGUAGGGUUUAUUUUGGGGGGUCUUGCCUCUGUGUGCACGUGCGUGUGCGCGGUCAGGUGGGCUGUGAGAGCUGGGGCAGCUGCAGAGCAGAGCGCGUCUGGGAGCCCCGGUUGCCCUGGAGUGGGGGCAGCCCCAGCGAUGGAAAGGGGUGAGAUCCACGCGCACUGCUCUUCAGAGAGGGCCGUUGGAGUCCCGUGUGCGUACAUCAUUGCUCUUUCAGUUUGACAUAGUGUUCGGGUUUUUUUGUUCUGUUUCUUUUUGGGGGAAGGUCUGAAAGGGUGGAACCCCCCCCCAACCCAAUGGCAAUAUGAAACCCUUUGUACUCUCCCCUGCCCCUUCCCUGUGCCCACCUCCCUCCGGCCCCUCCCUCCCAGGCCCCCGCCCUUCUUCCCUGCCCCACCUUGUGCGUGUGAGCUCUGCAUUCAGGCAGCUGCGACAUUCCAGUGUGCGACCCGUCACUGACUCGCACACCCUAGACCAGAUGACCAGGCUUGCCGACCCGCUCCCAGGGGCACCCGCAUCCCCUCUGCAGCCCCCUUUCUGCAUGAGCAUUUGGUGUUCGGAAUGUUUUCUGACUCUGGGGGCGCCCGCCUCGCCUUGCCGCCCUCCGUGUGCAGUGGGGAGGGAGGACAGUCUUCGUCCGAAGCUGGUUUUGUGUAGUAAACCUCCUUUGUGUUGCGUUGCGUUUUGGUUUGGUUUUCUGUUUUGUUUUGGUCUGUCUGUGCAAGACCUGCAGCUGCCGAAAUCAGCUUUGCCUUUAAUUAAACCAUGUUCUCUCCAACCAGA